CCUUCACUUGAUGGACAGAGAAGGAGAGAGAGAGAGAGAAGAAAUUGAAGAAGAGAGAAAAUGCCGAAGUUCGAUCCAUGGUCCGUGUUCUUCAAGCGAGAGUGGAAUCGGAACUGGCCGUUCCUGGUAGGGUUCGCCAUCACCGGGACCAUCAUCACCAAGAUGUCUCUCGGCCUCACAGAGGAAGAUGCGAAGAACUCAGCCUUCGUUCAGAGGCACAAGAGGUAA